AUGGCCUCAGCAGUGGAAUCUCACUCGGCUGCCACCGCGAAUAUCGCGGCCGUGAUUCGCCGUUUUCACGACUCCAAAACCCCAUUUCGAAUCUAUCAUGGCUCAACAAGCAGUACACGCCAACGGCAUAGUAGCUCGUCAAACACCGUUGAUAUCUCUGGUCUCAAUCAUGUGCUUUCCGUCGACCAAUUCCGAAAGACCGUUCUCGUUGAACCCAACGUUCCGAUGGACGCACUAGCACAGCACACCCUGGCAUACAAUCUCAUCCCACUGGUUGUGAUGGAGUUUCGUGGAAUCACAGCCGGCGGGGGGUUCUCAGGAACCUCAGGGGAGUCGAGCUCCUUCAAAUAUGGCUUUUUCGACCGAAUUGUCAAUUCUAUCGAGAUAAUUCUCGGCAACGGGGAGCGAGUGAACGCCUCCCGUACCGAGCAGCCCGACCUCUUCUGGGGAGCUGCCAGUAGCUUCGGUACAAUGGGUGUUGUUACACUUUUGGAGAUCCAGCUACGCGAUGUUGGGCCGAACCCUCAUCUGGAGUUAGAGUAUUUGUUCGCCGAUAGCAUGGAAGCGGCACUUGCGACGAUGCGACAUGCUAUAUCUGACCCGGGCUCGGAAUUCCUCGAUGGGAUUGUAUUCAGCAAGAAUGAAAUUGUCAUCUGCAAGGGUCGCAUCAAACCACACCACCCAGGUUUCAACGCGGAGCCCGUCCAACGAUUUACACGCCCAGAAGAUGAAUGGUUUUAUAUCCAUGCGCAGAAACGGAUGAAUGAAGCGAUAUCGUCCCAAAGAAUCCCCGUUGACUACAUCCCAAUCGAGGAUUAUCUUUUCCGAUAUGAUAGGGGCGCGUUUUGGGGCGGAAAGUAUUCCUUCGAGUACUUCCUUGUCCCGUUCACACGAUGGACUCGCUGGCUACUCGAUAACACCAUGGGCACUCGCGUUAUGUAUCACGCACUGCACGAAAGCGGGCUUGCAAAGCAGUACAUUGUCCAAGAUGUGGGAGUCCCAUUCGAGAAGGCAGAAGAAUUUGCGCACUGGCUCGAUGACGACAAGAACUUUGGCCAUUAUCCUCUUUGGCUCUGUCCACUCCUGACGAAUGCGUCGAGUGAGGGAGGUGGGCUGCUGACUGCAACACAACCUAUUGCAAACACAGUCACGAACGACGAUAACAAGCAGGAAUUCCUGCUCAACUUUGGUAUCUGGGGGCCUGGGCCGACGGACCGACGUCAAUUCAUCGACAUUAACCGCAAGUUGGAGCACAAGGCCGACUCCCUCGGAGGAAAGAAAUGGCUCUACGCACACACCUACUAUACUGAGGAUGAAUUCUGGACGAUCUACGAUCGUAAGCGAUACGACGUCCUUCGAGAGAAAUAUCAAGCGAAAAGCCUACCGUCUUUGUACGAGAAGGUUCGAAUGCAGAUAGACGACAUAUCGCCUUCCUGGUCUCAGUGGCUGUGGAGCCUCAGGCCGUUCGCCGGAUGGUACGGGGCAUGGAAGGCUUUGGCCGGGGGAGACUAUCUGAUCAGAAAAUAG